GACCACCCAAGACCCAGACCGAUCUCGCCCAUACUCUUCCCCAGAAGGUCCUCGGGAUCGACCUGAACGAGACGUCCCGUGAUCUCCUCCAGGUCCCUGCCUUUCCUGCGGCAGAUAAGCAGCCCAAACCGGAAGCGGAUGGUAAACCAGAGGCAAAAUUAGCCAACCUCGGAUCCCCUCCACGAGGAACCCGGAAGUGAGGGUAAAUUCGAGUGCGCGCAGGAGUGGAAGCGGAAGAGGGUAUCGAUUGUCCGGUUCGAAGGUGGUGGCGCCGUUUCCGGCGGAGGGCGCCCCUUUGUCGGAUCGCGGCCCUGGGUUCGCGGGGGGUCGACCUCGCGCCGGCGCACCAGGGGCGUUAUCGAUCCCCCCGAAGAAGGCGCACGGUGUGGGCCAUCGAUUGGGACGAGUCAGCUAAAGGGAUUGGAGCCAGCUCUCGGGAUACGACGUAGAGAGCGGGAGCGCAUGGUGUAGGGUCGCAAAAAGGUCGGCUCGGCAAGUGGGGAAACUCGGGCGAGGGCGCGAGUCAAGCCUCCGGGGAAGGGCCGCGUCGAGGAGGUCAAAGGACGCGCCGACCAUGCAGAACUACGGGCACGAGGACUACGACUACGGGGCCGACCAGGGGCCAGGGUUCGAGGGGCCCGGGAGGACCCUGCCCCAGGUCCCAGGAGUCCGGCCCAUGGUGGACCCCGAGGCCCAGGGCGAGGUGGACCCCGAGGCCUAUCCCCAGCCCAAGGAGGCCACCCACAAGAUCCGCGGCAAGAGCGACUUCCUCGAGUACCUCUUCGGCUCCGUCGACCAGGAGCUCCUCACCGUCAAGACCUUCUACUUCUUCUUCUACUCGGCCUUCGGCUCCCUCUUCCCUCUCAUGGGAGUCUACUUCAAGCAGAUGGGCAUGAACGCCGCCCAGUGUGGCCUCCUCAUGGGGUUGCGACCCUUCGUCGAGUUCCUGAGCGCGCCCUUCUGGGGCUCCCUCGCCGACAGGUGGCAGAAGGGCAAGCUGAUCCUGCUGGCUUCGAUCUCCUGCUGGAUCAUCUUCACCCUGCCCAUGGGCUUCAUCCAGCCUCCGGCCACCUCCUGCAUGACCCGGAAGAACAACACCCAUUACCUCGAAGUGCCAUCCCCGGACCAGCGGAUAGUGAAGAGGUCCGCGGACCUGGAUGAAUAUUGCCAACAGGACGAGGACUCGGAAUACCUUGAGGUCGCCGAUAACGUGGUCUUCGAGAGACUGAGAAGAAGCGUCGACGACAACGAGGUCGGCUCCGAGUGGGGACCGGGGACGAAGAAGCUGGAGAAGACGUACGACCUCGACACCAACGAGAUCCAGGGUAGGUCUUACGACCUGGAGAACAACAGGGUCAGGAGGCAAGUCCCUGGAACGGAAGGCACCAUCGGUGAUCUGAGAUACGAGAGAUUCGUCGCCGACAACUCGGCCACCGAGAACCCUGAGGAGCCGGCCCUCGACUUCGAGACUCUGCACAGGAACAACAGACCUGCCGACGUCCUGGAGUACAAGCGGUUCCUGAAGAACGAAUCUCCGGCGGACCCGAAGGAGGAAGGCAAGCCCCCGAAGAAGGCCUACACCAGGACGAAGACGCGCACAAAACCUCCGCCUGUGAAGAUCAUGGUGAAGAGGGACCUCGGGGCAGAAGACCACCCGUCCAGGACCUCCAGGCGCAUGAUGUCCCUCGGCAGCGAGGAGUCCUAUGAAGACGAAGACGAGGACGAGGAACCCGAGGAAGAGCAGAUCCUUCGGCCGAGGAGCAGAAGGAGCGCCAAGAUGCCGCAUCCUUCGGCAGGACAAAGUCCUUUGGCGGUGACUUACGCCGCGAAUUACAACGAGAAGGAGCACAAGGGAUGGGUGAAGCCCCUCUUCAGCUCCAUCGUGUACAGACUACCCGACAUCCAGAAGACGUUCUUCCUGCUGCUGCUCCUGGUGGUGGUCGGGGAAUUCUUUUCGGCCCCAGCCAUCACCUUGGCGGACUCCGCGGUGAUCACUUUACUCGGCGAAGACGCCGACAGGUACGGACAUCAACGCAUGUUCGGAAGUCUCGGCUGGGGUUUGGCCAUGUUCUUCGUGGGCAUCGCCCUGGACCACAGCACCGCGUUCCCGGAUCACCCUUGUGGCCCCGACGCCAGAGAGAAGAACUACACGAUCUGCUUCGCCAUCUUCAGCGUCCUGAUGGGAGCUGCGCUGAUCACGGCGACGCAGAUUAAUUUCAAGUACGAAUUUGUCGCAGCCGAACCGGAAGUGGACAAGCCACCAGCCGAGCCAACGAGGGAGGAGCAGCUGCAGAGCCAGCUCUCUCAGCAGCUGAAUCUGCCAGGUCUCCAGGAUUCGUCGUCAAAGCCCUACCCAAAGCCGCAGCCUCCCGAGGGAAAGACGAAAAUGUUCGCCCAAACCACGAGGGAGAUCCCGGAGUGGGUGACGGUGCUGAAGCAGUUCAAGGACCUGAAGUGCGCCUCCUUCCUCUUCGUCGCCUGGUUCAUGGGUUUCGGCAUCGGGCUGAUCUUCACCUUCCUCUUCUGGCACCUGCAGGACUACGGGGGCACGCCGACCCUCUUCGGCGUGGCCUCGGUCAUCAACCACAUUUCCGAGAUCUUCGCCUACUUCUUCAGCUUCAAGCUGAUCCGUCAGAUCGGCCACGUCAAGGUACUAUGUCUGGGCUUGGGAGGGAACGUCAUUCGUUUCCUCUACAUCUCCUGGCUGAAGAACCCAUGGUGGGUCCUGCCCUUCGAGUUCAUGCAAGGAAUCACCCAUGCCGCAGUCUGGGCAGCUUGCUGCAGCUACAUCGCCCACAACACUCCACCCCAGCUGAGGUCCAGUGCCCAGGGUGUUCUUCAGGGUCUUCAUCAUGGUCUAGGUCGAGGCUGCGGGGCCGUGAUCGGCGGGAUAUUCGUUGCGUGCUACGGCACCACGGCGACGUUCAGGGGGUACGGCCUCAUCUGCCUGUUGGUCUUGGCCACCUUCAUCUUCAUCAACUUCUACAGGAAGGACACCGGCUUCGUUUCGGACCUCCCUCAGACCGAAGAUCCUCAUCAGGUGGCGGAAGCCACGCAUCUCGCGCCUCACGGGGUCCCCAGCAACGCGAUCCCAAGGGCCCUCAGCUCCAGCAGACUCCAUGAACUAGCGAACCAGGAUUCCGGAUACGGUGCGACCUACCAAACCACCGGAGGAAACCUAAACGUCCCGGGUGGGAACGGGGGAGCAGUCAACCCGACGAAUCCCUUCCUGAACGGCUCCGUCGGAGGAGGUGGAGGUGGAGGCGGCGGGGGUGGGUACAACUACGGAUUGUGUUUAAGGGAGGACGAGUUCAUCCGCAGGAGCUUCCAGACCUACAACGAGGUGGUCGGCCGAGAGUUAGACCUGGUUAAGCCACCCCCGAUGGAGACCCAUCUCCACGUCCAGCAGCCCUGCACCAACCCUUUCCACCACCACCACGACUACGACUGGUAACGACGUCCCGACUAGACCAGCCAAAGUCUCGAUUCGCUUUACGUGAAAGCCACGAUCGCGUGGGAGAAUCAGAGGGGGAGAGAGAGAGAAAAGUAAGGGAAAAUAGAAAAAGAGAUCAAGAGCGCCGGAAGAGCCGCGAGGAAGGGUCGCUGAAGAUAGACCCCCUGACGAGCACGUUAAUUAAUAUUAUGGGGUUAAUUAAUAUCCGGUGGAGCAAUGGCGACCAGGAGAGACUCGAUCGAGCGGAACCGCGGCGACUCCGAUGCUGGAUUUUUUACGGUUUAGCCUAGGUCAGGACGGGAGGACGCGCCGAAGUAACUAGGGGGGAGCGACCACGUGUACAGGCUCGAGGAGGAGAGCACUAGGUUCGUCGUUCGGUCUCUCUCUCUCUCUCUCGGAAAUGCAUGUACCUAACGACUUAACGAGACCCUUCAUGACCGGGUCAUACGCGAGACGCUCGUAAUACUCGUGCUCUACUUGCUCCAGCAGCCGCGUAAGACGCUUCGCCGCUUACAGAAAGAGAGCGAGGCUCCUUACACCCCGGGGGUUACAAACUGUAAAUCUAUUAACCUACGAGUCUAUCAAUCUGCCGGCGUAUAUACAUAUUAAUGUUUAAAAGAAACUACCCGACGAUUAGACAAGUCCACCGCGCACGCGCGUUCCUAAACAAUACAUAUGAAUCUCCGUACCGAUGGCCACGUCGACCUCGUAUAUACAUAAUAUAUACAUAUUGACAUAGUUUAGCGACUUUUCGGGGAGCCUCGCGGUCAUCGGCUCGGCGAUUGACAAGAAUCGAUGUAAUAAACUAAAAAAAAUAUAUAUAUAGGGAGAGAGAGAGAAAAAAAAAUAAUUAACAAUCGAAGGUAACGUUACAAGCGGCUCGUACAAUGUACAGAGGACCCUUGAGGAGACGCAGAUGGGUUAACAAAAGAAAAAGAAAAAUCGUAAAGAAAGAGAAGUCUACUGUAAAUACUCCCGAGAGCGUGGAAACGUAGAAGAGGAAGAUGAAGAGACUCGUCGCAAUCGUUUCUCCUCGUUCGACUUUUCUUUCUCUUUUUUUUUCUUUUUUUUUUUUUUUCUUUCUAGCUUCAAAGGUUCGUUGCGCGAAUUAGAUACGUCGUUAUUAGCUUAUGCCAGGCGCGGUCCUGCCGUAAUCGCCGUAAUGAGUUUCCUCGUGAUAAGUGUACGAUAUAAAGAGAUAAAGGAAAGGAAAGAGGGAAAAAAAAAAAAGAGCUUUAAUCCUAAGUAUGGAAAUAAUAGGGAAGUAAUCCCGGGGAGGGAAAUGGGAGGAAACAUUUUGAGAUAAAAUUCGGGAUAUCAUUACCUGGCCAGUACCGAGGCACAAGGACGCUGCUGUAACGAUAUGCAUACGUAGCCGUAUUCUCUCCGUCAGAGUUUACGCUGAUUAUAAUUAUAAUCCUAAGGACAUAUAGUUGAUUAAUACACGGAAGUAACGCAUGGCACCGGAACAUGUAUUGUGUGUGCAAGAAUUGAAUAUACACCACGAUGUUAGAGAGACUUUACGUUCGAGCAUAGAGAUUUUUACCCGUAAUCGUGAUUUCCGGCACGUCCUGUCCGAGUUGGACGUCGCAGGAUCGAAUCGUCAUCCCGAUAGUUUCUUCCAAAUUUAUUAACGGGGGUGGGAAGUGCAGAUCGUUCCUAUAGCGAGAAGAAAAACAAAAAUUAAUCCAACUAACCGAAGAGAUAUUUUCUUCGAUUCUAAUUAAUUCGGCUUAAACGAGUCGUCGGAAUUUCGGAACUGUAUAUGGAAGAAAAAUUCGUCACUCCUUCUCCCCCAAAAUUCGCAGCAAAAGAAGGAAAGGGCAACAUCUUCAACUUGAUCUCUCUUUAAUCAUCCGCCACUAAAGAACCCUCUAUUAUAACGUCAAUACAGUUCUGACAAGUGGAAGAAUAAAAUCGUCACAACCUUCGUCCUCCUUAAUUCUCUAGCCUAUCCCACCUAAGCAGGAAUUAAUUAUCGAGCGAUCGCUUAACUCGAUCGUCCCUUUUAAUAAAACUCCCCGUUUAUUCCUUGACAGUCCCCACUCGAAGGAUGUUCUCAACGCUAUCCUCAAUUUUUCUUUUUCAUUAUCCCGGACGAAUAUAUGCCACCCCGACGGAACAGUCUCUGGGCGGGCAUUUUAUUCUUAGGACACUAAUUGCGCCAAGCGACUAUGGCAAUGUCGAGAUACAUAUCAGAUAGAAUGAUAAUGCCUUGAAUUAAAUUAUUCCGUUCCUAGAUCGUAACCGAAUAACUGAUGCUAAUUACAUACAAUUGCGACUCAUAGACAGUGUUAAAGGCGCAUUUCGAGCGGGAAAGAAAAAAAAAAAAAUAGAGAAAGCGUGCGAUUAGACGUGGAAAAUGAAUAAACGGCGAUGGCUAGGAAACGCAUGUGUCGCUCAUAAUAAAACGCGCUCUUAAUAAAGAGUUAAGAUUCACGAUACUAAACGAUGUAACAAAGUGUAUGGACAUUAUGUGAAAGAAAAAAAAAAAGAGGAAAAACAAAAACCAAAGAAAAGAAAUUCCAUUACUGCGAGUUAUCGCCGUAGAUAAGUGUCCGUACUCGAGCGCGGCGUGUCAAAGCCCUAAAAAGUACCGAAAUAAUUGCACAAUUAGCAGCGCGUACCGUACCGAAAGUAAUUCCUCUAAUCGGCGACCUAGCCUCUCCGUAAAACGACCGUUAAAAAUCAAGGAAUAAACGAAGGAUCCUCGUCUUACGGGUACUCAGAAUUUAUUAUUCGUUGCGAAGGACACUCCACGUGGAAUCGUGUUCUCUCUCAUAUACAGAAAGACGACGUGUGAUGUCAAAAGAGGAACGUAAUCGUCAUAAUGCCCGGCAUCGACAGUAAUUACUUGCCGAAGUAGCCGAAAAACGGAAUUAAAAAAGAAAAAGGAAAGGAAAAAAAAAAAAGAAUAAGAAAAGAGGA